AUGGGUAAUUUGAAUAUGAAGGAGAGACUUUUAAAAUAUAUAGAUUAGGGUAGAAUAGAAAAAAUUAGAUAACUUUUAGAAAUAUCCCCUAAUUUAAUAAAUGAAGAUAUUGCCAAAGAUAUUCAAUAAACUCCUUUAGCAAGAGCUGUAUGGAGAAAUGAUAUUACACUUAUUUAAUUAUUUUUAGAUGUAUAAAUAAUCUAUUAUCUUUAGUUAUAAGCUAAUCCAAAUAAUGGAGGUUCUUCAAGUAUUACUCCUCUUAUGUGGGCUUGUAAAAGAGAUAAUUAAUAAACAGUUUCUCUAUUAAUUUAAUCUGGUGCUGAUAUUAACAUUCGUUCAAAUCAAGGUUUCUCUGCAUUAGAUUAUGCUAUUAUACAUGGCAAUUAUCGUCCUGCUUUAUUUCUAUUUGAAUUCAUAUAAGAUGUACUCGAUUUCUCGUCUUAUUAUCAAUUUGCCUAAGAAAAUGAUUAUCGAUAUGUAAAUUAUGAAAUUAUGAUAACUCACCUUCGUUUAAGAACAUAAUAUGAACUUAUUCCAAAUAUAUUUGAAAAACCUAAAAAAUAAUAAUUACUUGAUCCUGUUGUUGAUCCUAGAGAAAGUUGGGGAAAUUUUAUUUAUAGGUAAAUUGAAUUUAAGAAUCCACCAAUGGUUGAAAGGAAUGAAUUACCUUUUGAUUUAUAACCUUAAAAUAGAAUUAUUGGUAAAAUCAGAUAAUAAAUUAAUGGAUUACCUGUUGAAAAAAAUAAAUCUCUGUAAUACUCUUAAAUUAGUCCAUAAGUAAUUAUAUUUAUUUAUUUAUAUUUUAGAAUCAAAAAAAUGACUCAGUGGAGAUUAAAAAUUAAAAUCAAAUUUCAUUUUCUUGA